AUUGCGAAGGUCUUAAGCGGUGCGGGCCGGAGUGUGGAGCUAACGGCGCCGCGGAAGUUGGUGUCCUCCCUCUCCGGUCCGCGUCCCUCCCUGGGCCGGGCUGGCAUUCUUGCCUGCCCCUUCCCACAUGGCGCUGCUCCGACGCCCGACGGUGUCCACUGAUUUGGAGAAUGCUGACACUGGAGUUAAUUCUAAAGCUAAGAGUCAUGUGACAAUCAGACGGGCAGUUUUAGAAGAAAUUGGAAAUAGAGUUACAACCAGAGCUACACAAGUAGCUAAGAAAGCUCAGAACACCAAAAUACCUGUUCAACCCACCAAAACAAAUGUCAACAAACAACUGAAACCUACUGCUUCUGUGAAACCAGUACAGAUGGAAGUGUUGGCUCCAAAGCUUCCUGACAAAUUUGAGGCCACUGUGUUUCAGAUAAAGAAUGAUGGACCUGUAACUCCAUUCAUAUAA